CGCCUGUUCCCGUGCCUUCAGGUUAAAGACCGCGGUCCGGAAGCCACGCGCAGGUUCUUCAACUGGUUCUACUGGAGCAUCAACCUGGGGGCCCUCCUCUCGCUGGGCGGCGUGGCCUACAUCCAGCAGAACGUGGGCUUCGUGAGCGGCUACGCCAUCCCCGCCGUCUGCAUCGGCGUCGCCUUCCUCACCUUCCUCUGCGGCCUGAGCGUCUUCAUCACCAAGCCCCCCGACGGCAGCGCCUUCACCGACGUCUUCAAGGUCCUGGCGUACUGGUGCCGCCCCCAGCAGCGACCGGCGGACCACGGUCCUGGCGGUGAAGGCAGUGGAGUCUUCCAGCCGCCUUCUAAACACAGUCUGUUUGAUUCCUGUAAGAUGUCCCGGGGCGGGCCCUUCACGGAGGACACCGUGGAGGACGUGCGGGCCCUGGUCAAGGUCGUGCCUGUGUUCUUGGCUCUGAUCCCCUACUGGACGGUGUACUUCCAGAUGCAGACCACGUAUGUCCUGCAGAGUCUUCACCUGAGGAUCCCGGAAAUCCCGAGCCUCACGGCCACGACGCACACGUUCCCGGCCGCCUGGCUCACCAUGUUCGACGCGGUGCUCAUCCUGCUGCUGAUCCCGCUGAAGGACAAGCUGGUGGACCCCGUGCUGCGCCGGCACGGCCUCCUGCCGUCCUCGCUGAAGCGCAUCGCCGUGGGCAUGUUCUUCGUCAUGUGCUCGGCCUUCGCCGCUGGGAUCCUGGAGAGCAAGCGGCUGGACCUGGUGCGGGUGCGGACCGUGAACCAGACCAUCGGCAACGUCGUGUACUUCGCCGCCGACCUGCCCAUCUGGUGGCAGGUGCCCCAGUACGUGCUCAUCGGCAUCAGCGAGAUAUUCGCAAGCAUCGCCGGUGAGGCCUGGGGCCGGGUCUUGUGCAACAUCAACGGCUGCCACCUGAACUACUACUUCUUCCUCCUGGCCGCCGUCCAGGGCGCCACCCUCCUGCUCUUCCUCCUCGUGUCCGUGAAGUACGACCGGCAGCGCACGAGGGCGUCGACGCCCGGGACGCCCAGCAGCCGCGGGGCCUGACCCCGAAGUCCCAGCGGGUCCGAGACUGACACUGCGGGGAACUGGCCGGAGUGCGGAGCGGGGCAGGCUGCUAACUCCCGGAACGUCCGCCCCCUGACCCGAUGGUGUCCUCCUGCCUGGCGGACGGGCAAGUGCCUUCCUGUGGCUCACCUGCUCACGGGGCCUCUGGAGCCGAAGCGCAGGGGCCUCCUCGUCAGGAGAGACGCCCCUCCUGCAGCCGCCGUGCCAGGCCCACGCGAGGUGCACGGCCAAGGCCACGUGUCUGCUGCCUCUUCGUGGUUUACACACGUGUGAGCAUGUGAUGUGACUGUUUUCUUUCUGAUGAAUAAACACCCACUCGUGGUGGGGGAUGGAGGGGAUCAGGUGACGGCGGUCGGUGGUCAGACGCGUGGGACUCGCCAGCCACUCCUCUUGCCUCCGGCACAGCCGGCACUGAGUACAUUUAUCUGCUGCUUCAGACAUCCUUGUUUUGUAAACUGUUGACAUUGCUUUUUCUUUAAUGAAGAAGGUGAAUCAGGAAGUAGUUAAGCCCGCGUGUCCCGUCCCAGCUGCGGACGGCUGAGUGUUGGAAGCUGCGCGGAGCGUCCUGGUGUGGCGUUUGGUGCCCGUCGCGGGGCCGGAAGGAGCCCGUUCUUUUGAACAAAAUUCAUGUAAUUAAGAGCCGUGGACAGUUUACCUGUGAACCUGACCGUGGGCUCACUGCGUUUGUAUAUUAUUUUACGUGCCUCUGGGUCUGACUUUGUUAAGUAAACUCUUCCUUUGUCGCUGGACUUUUGGUAAAAGCUUGUUACUAAAAACGCCUCCAACCUGAGGCCCAGGA